CCAAAGGGUGGUCACUGCAGCUUGGAGGAAGUUACAGCGUAGCUCGUGGUACUUCAAGACUCGCCGAGAUCCAUCCUUUAAACUGCUCAAUUCAGACCAUGCGCGAGUGCCUCUCUAUUCACGUGGGCCAGGCGGGAGUGCAGAUUGGCAAUGCAUGCUGGGAGCUGUAUUGUCUUGAGCACGGAAUACAGCCAGACGGACACAUGCCAAGUGACCAAUCAGCGGACAGAUGUGAUGACUCGUUCAGCACCUUCUUCAGCGAGACGGCCUCAGGGAAACACGUCCCGAGAGCUGUUUUUGUUGAUCUUGAGCCCACGGUCAUAGACGAGAUUAGGACUGGGACCUACCGUCAGCUCUUCCAUCCAGAACAGAUGGUCACCGGCAAGGAGGAUGCCGCUAACAACUAUGCUCGCGGGCACUACACUGUCGGCAAAGAACUCAUAGACGUUGUCCUAGACAAGAUAAGGAAAUUGGCUGAUCAGUGCACAGGUCUCCAAGGAUUCCUGGUUUUCCACUCAUUCGGUGGUGGCACGGGAUCUGGAUUCUCCUCGCUAUUGAUGGAGCGUCUCUCAGUAGACUACGGCAAGCGAUCAAAACUGGAGUUUGCCGUGUACCCAGCUCCCCAGAUCUCAACUGCAGUGGUUGAGCCCUACAACUCCAUCCUGACCACCCACACCACUCUGGAGCACUCUGACUGCGCCUUCAUGGUGGACAACGAGGCCAUCUACGACAUCUGCCGCCGCAACCUGGAUAUCGAGAGACCCACCUACACCAACCUGAACCGUCUGAUUGGUCAGAUCGUGUCGUCCGUCACAGCCUCUCUACGAUUUGACGGCGCCUUAAAUGUCGACUUGACAGAGUUCCAGACCAAUUUGGUCCCUUACCCCCGGAUCCAUUUUCCGCUGGCGACAUACGCGCCCGUGAUCGGGGCCGACAAGGCGUACCACGAGAAUAUGAGUGUAGCAGAGAUCACAAGCGCGUGCUUUGAGCCGUCCAAUCAGAUGGUGAAGUGUGACCCUAGGUACGGCAAGUACAUGGCUUGCUGUCUGUUGUACAGGGGUGAUGUGGUCCCCAAGGAUGUGAACUCGGCAAUCGCUGCUAUCAAGAUGAAGAGGACCAUUCAGUUCGUUGACUGGUGUCCAACUGGAUUUAAGGUCGGCAUCAACUACCAGCCACCUACUGUUGUCCCUGGCGGUGACCUGGCCAAGGUGCAGCGUGCCGUGUGCAUGUUGAGCAACACCACAGCCAUCGCCGAGGCCUGGGCUCGUCUGGAUCACAAGUUUGAUCUGAUGUACGCCAAGCGGGCCUUUGUGCACUGGUAUGUGGGUGAGGGUAUGGAGGAAGGAGAGUUCUCCGAGGCUCGUGAGGAUCUGGCAGCCCUUGAGAAGGAUUACGAGGAGGUCGGGGCCGACUCGCCUGACGACAGCGUUGUUGACGAAGACGAGUUUUAGGGACUGGGUACUAAUGAGUUGAAGGCGUGGAUACUAAUGCAUUGGGAACCUGGCUUUGGCUGCUUUAACAAAUUUCUGGGUAGCCUAUAGAGCAUGCUCGAGGAUGCAUUGUUUUUUUUGGCCUCGAAAACCUUAAGUAGUGUCCGCAAGUAUCUCCGAGCAUAUCUAUCAGGUCAUUACCUAAAGUCAUUCUUGUAGUUUAGGUACUGUAAUGCCGUCACACGAAUUUAUACGAAAAUGACUUCUUGGUCCGGUUUCCGAUGGGUUUAACUUUUCCACGUUCACCAAAGAAGGCCCAAUCUCCAAUACUCUGACAAUUUAGUAUUAAAUAUAUUUUAGCUUCUUGCCAGUGGAUCUUGCUUCUUUCCGCGGAUCAAGUUUAUAUUUAUUUGUAUUUAGUAUAAUGAUUUUGUAACUAUUUAGUAAAGACAUCCAGUAUUUAGUAAAAUGUUAUAGUUUUUAACUAGUAAGCCAUAAAUAAUAAUACUAUUAAUAAUAAUAAUAA